UCACUCCGAGAUUUGGUCAGAUGUGUGAAUUCGCCAUGUGUUCGCGGGAGUGUGACCUCGCACCUGACGCACCUGACGCGACGCGUUUGGCACGAGUGGACACACAGGUGUAUAAAGACUCCAGAGUCGAGUCUGAGCAGCAUACCGAUCGGAAUCUACUCUUCAGCUUCGACACGAUGGAGAAACUCACUUUCACGCACGGAUUCAACUCUGAAACAAACGCGACGCGACCCUGGAGACCCUGGAUCCACAAAAGCAGUCACGGACGCAAAACCAACGCUUAUAAGCCUUAUGAGAGAGCAUCAGCUGACCAACACUUGAAAGCCCCUGUGAUCACACACCCUGUGAAGUUGUUCUGGCCCAAAUCUCGCUGUUUCGAUUAUCUGUACCUGGAUGCUGAGCUCCUCCUGCGCAGUUAUCCGCUUCAGGCCACGAUCUGCCUGUACGAGGACUCAGACAGCGAUGAUGAUGAAGAUGAUGAUGAAGAGCAUGAGAAGGAACUCAACUGAAGACCUUCAUCACUUUACUUAUAGACUCUGAACUCUGAUUCACUUUAUUUAGU